GGAAGAGUUUCUGAGACGUAGAGGAAAGAGAGGAAGAAGAGAAAAGAAGGAGAUCACUGCUCAUUUCUCCCUUAAAGGGAUAGUUCUACAUUAUUUCUUGGGCCGUCAAACAAUUCCAACAAGGAAAGUUGAUGAAGAACUAGCUUAUGUAGUAUUGCUUCGACUAAUUUGCGUACAAAUACAUAUCCAAACACAAUAAUGUACCAACUCUCCAUAUUUCACCUUGUUCUUAUACUUCUCCUCUUCUUAUUUCCACUCCUGAUAUUUUGGAAAAGAUUCAAAACACAAAAAAGUUCAGCUUCUAAGCUACCCCCAGGACCAUGGAAGCUUCCUUUUAUCGGAAACUUGCAUCAGUUGAUUGGUUCGCCGCUACACCAUCGAUCUUUCAGAGACUUGUCGAAGAAAUAUGGACCAGUCAUGAAAUUAGAACUAGGCGAGGCUUUGACAUUUAUAGUUUCCUCAGUAGAAGCAGCCAGAGAGGUUUUGCAGACUCAUGAGCUUGCUUUUGCUCAAAGACCAAAAACCAUUGGGUUUGAAGUAGUGGCAUCUGAUCAUCCGGGUCUUAUUGUCUCUCCUUACGGAGAAUACUGGAGACAUAUGCGCAAAGUUUGCGUCAUGGAGCUACUUAGUGCUAAGCGAGUUCAGUCUUUCCAAUCGUUACGAGAAGAAGAGGCUUCGAGAUUUAUCGAGUCCAUAUCCUCGUCUUCUCAUCAACAAGUACCUAUCAACCUCAGCAAGACGCUGUUUUUGGUUACAAAUGGCAUGAUUGCGAGGGCGGCGUUCCAUAAGAAAUGCAAAGAUGAAGAUGAAUUUAUAGCAUCUGUGAAGGAGUUAGUAACACUUAGUACUGGCUUUACUGUGCCAGAUUGCUUCCCUUCGAUUAAGUUUCUUAGUUACAUGACCGGUUUGAAGCCUAGACUUAUGAGGAUGCAAAAAAAAUUGUACCAGAUUCUUGACGACAUUAUUGAUGAGCAUAAGAUGAAGCAUGAUUCCACAAGCAAGGUUGAUGAGGAAGAUAAGCAAGAUCUGGUUGAUGUGCUUCUGGAAGUCCAGAAAUUGAAUGAUCAAAAAUUUGAAAUCACGACCAACCAUAUAAAACUUGUGAUUCUGGAUAUCUUUGCAGCAGGAAGUGAAACUGCAGCAACUACCUUAGAAUGGGCAAUGUCGGAACUAGUGAAGAAUCCAAAAAUACUGGAGAAGGCACAAGCCGAGGUAAGAGAAGUCGUAGGAGGAAAGGGGAAAGUCAAAGAGAGUGACAUUCAGAAGUUGGAUUAUAUGAAAUGCAUUGUGAAAGAAACACUCCGAUUACACCCUCCAGUUCCCUUUGUAGCAAGAGAAUCAAGGAAAAGAUGCGUAAUUUUAGGUUACGAGAUUCCGUCGAAAUCGCGAGUGGCAGUCAAUGCAUGGGCACUAGGAAGAGAUCCAGAAGUUUGGGACAAUGCUGAAUGCUUUCAGCCAGAGAGGUUCAUUGGUUCUUCCAUUGAUUUGAGAGGAACAAACUUUGAGUUUCUCCCAUUUGGGGCUGGGAGGAGAAUGUGUCCCGGCAUAACAUUAGCUUUCGCAAAUGUUGAACUAAUACUUGCUCAAAUGUUGUACCACUUUGACUGGGGACUACCACAUGGUGCCAAAGGAGAAGAACUUGACAUGUCUGACGUAUAUGGAAUAACCUGUAGAAGGAGGGAUGAUCUUUACUUAGUUUCCACUACUAUUAUACCUCAUCUUAAGUAGAGCUAUUGAAUUAGAAUGUCAAUUAUGUGAGUGCGAAUCCUGUUUGUAUUUCAAGCGAGUACUAUUUCAUCUAAAAUGAGAUCUUUUUGUUUGUUUUGAGGGAAAAUAAUAAUAAUAAUAAUAAUAAGCCUGUGAUGGCAUAUAUG